GAAUGUAAACUGAAGUCGCCCAAGUUGGCCCAACUGGCCCAAGUCGCCCAUGUUUAAUUAUGAUAUACUGCAUAGAUUGGAAAGUCGUUGAUCCAGGCUUGAGGUUAUUUUUAACAUUUGUACGCCAGGGAGCAGCACGGUUCGGAGAAAUAGAAAAAGCCGUGUCGUGUCUUGAUACUGUCUCUUAGUUCCAUGACACGUUCUGAAAAUCGUUUCCCGCCAAACUUUCAGCAUCAGACCGUUUUCAUUUCAACCAAUUUUAAUAAAGAAACUGUAGAGAAAUGGAAGGAUUCGAUGAUCCAGGUAUAUUCUUCUCUGACAACUUCUCCACGCCCGAUACCAAUGAAACGCAAACUAAUCUUCAAUAUGCGAAGAAGAAGUUUAUGGAGUUCAUCAGACAAUUCCAUGAAGGAAAUUUCAAUUACAAAUACAGAGACACGCUGAAGCGGAAUUAUAAUCUGGGCCAGUAUUGGCUAGAAAUCAAUCUGGAAGAUUUAGGAGCUUUCGAUGAGUCUCUCGCAGAAAAAGUGUACAAACAUCCGACGGAAUACUUGCCUAUUUUGGAAGAGGCUGCGAAAGAUGUGGCAGACGAGAUCACAGCACCGAGACUGGAAGGUGAAGAAAAAGUCGAGGACAUACAAGUAUUACUAACUUCAGAUGCGCAUCCCAGUUCCUUAAGAGGAAUGAAACCUGAUGCAGUCUCCCAGCUUAUUAAACUCUCCGGGAUCAUCGUUUCUGCAUCUGGAAUCAGAGCGAAGGCAACGAAGAUUUCCAUACAAUGCCGAUCCUGCAGGAGCAUGCAAACUAAUAUUUCCAUCAAGCCUGGUUUGGAGGGUUACGUUCUACCUAGGAAAUGCGCUACGGAACAAGCAGGACGUCCGAAGUGCCCGUUGGAUCCGUUUUUCAUAAUGCCGGAUAAAUGUCAGUGCGUAGAUUUCCAAGUCCUGAAACUGCAGGAGCUGCCGGAUCAAAUCCCGCAGGGUGAAAUGCCAAGGCAUUUGCAAUUAUAUUGCGAUCGUUAUUUGUGCGAUAAAGUCGUGCCGGGGAACAGAGUACUUAUCUUGGGCAUAUAUUCGAUUAAGAAAGUAGCUAAAACUGGUAGAGGAGGCAGAGGCGACAAAGGACUGGUCGGCGUCCGAGCACCGUACAUAAGAGUGAUUGGUAUCUCCACGGACGAAGAAAAUACAGGCAGCGGGUAUUCUGUAAUAACGAACGAGGAGGAAGACAUGUUCAGGCGUUUAGCAGCGGAUCCUAAUCUAUACGAAAGAAUCGCAAAGAGUAUAGCUCCUAGUAUUUUCGGGGCGAUAGACAUUAAAAAAGCUAUAGCUUGUUUGUUGUUCGCUGGAUCAAGGAAAAGGAUGCCCGACGGUCUUUGCAGGAGGGGCGACAUCAACGUUUUAUUACUAGGCGAUCCAGGCACGGCUAAAUCGCAGUUAUUAAAAUUUGUAGAAAGAGUCGCGCCAAUUGCAGUUUACACGUCCGGUAAAGGAAGUUCGGCCGCUGGUUUAACUGCGUCAGUUUUGCGAGAUCCUUCAACGAGGAAUUUCGUGAUGGAAGGAGGCGCUAUGGUUCUCGCGGAUGGUGGUGUCGUUUGCAUAGACGAGUUCGAUAAAAUGAGAGAGGACGACAGAGUCGCGAUACAUGAGGCUAUGGAGCAACAAACGAUAUCCAUCGCCAAAGCUGGAAUAACUACAACUUUGAACACUAGAUGUGCUGUCCUGGCAGCGGCAAAUUCGAUAUUCGGUCGUUGGGACGAGAUAAAAGGAGAAGAGAAUAUCGACUUCAUGCCGACGAUCUUGUCGCGCUUCGACAUGAUCUUCAUCGUGAAAGACGAACACGAGCAUAACAAAGAUAUAACAUUGGCAAAGCACGUAUUGAGGAUUCAUACCAACGCCGGUGAACUUACGGAACAAUUCCAGGAAGGAGAAUUGCCGUUGAACGUUUUGAAGAGAUAUAUAAGCUACUGCAGAACGCGUUGUGGGCCAAGACUGAAUAAAGAGGCAGCAGAGAAACUGAAGAACCGUUACGUCGUGAUGCGAGCGAGCACCAAAGAACACGAGAGGGAUACGGAGAAGAGAAUCUCUAUUCCUAUAACAGUUCGCCAGUUAGAAGCCGUUAUAAGAAUUUCGGAGUCGUUAGCUAAAAUGCAAUUGCAACCGUUCGCUACGGAGAUCCACGUCAACGAAGCGCUCAGGCUUUUCCAAGCAUCUACCAUGGAUGCCGCGCUGUCUGGAUCUUUAUCUGGGGCGGAGGGAUUUACAUCGGAAGAAGACCACGAGAUGUUAUCUCGUAUCGAGAAACAAUUGAAACGCAGAUUUCCAAUCGGUAAUCAAGUGUCCGAACAAAAUAUCGUUAAAGAUUUCGUGAAACAGGGAUUUGUAGAACGUGCUAUUUACAAAGUUAUACACACGAUGAUACGCCGUGGGGAACUUCAGCAUCGCAUGCAACGUAAAAUGCUCUAUAGGCUGCACUGAAACAUAAAUCACAUUCGUUUUUAAA